ACAUCAGCUGUCAAAAUUUCAAAGAUGGCGGCUUUAACUUGUUGACAAAAACAAGUAAUAACCUACAAAAAUAAACUAUUUUACACCGAAAAACUAUUCAUUUUUCUUGAUAUCAAAAUUAUAAUUAUUAUAAUUAACAAACAUAUAAAAGUGAAAUGCCUGAAACAGUUAAAAGUGUUAUUACCAAUAGAGAUCGUACUUGUCUUGGCUGUAGACUUGUUAGUGGUUGCGGUCUCCUUGGCUCUGGACUUUAUGUUUCUUAUCAUUCGAAAAAGUUUCAGAAAAUCCCUACAAAAUCAGUUAUGCUCACAGUCGGUGGUGCUUUGAUGGCACUUGGUACAGCGAGAGUAUUAAAUCUACCACCAUUUCAGGAUCAAUUUAAUAAUAAUAAUAAUAAUUAACUGAACUUGUUUUUCCGAUUUUAUCAUUUAUAUUUUUUCGAUAAAUAUAAAAGAAUUUGUAAAUUAUUCUCAUUUUUGUAAGUAUAUAAAAUGUAAAUAAAACUAUAUAUUCCCGCAAAUAAUAA